GGCGUUCGCUGGCAGAGUUGGCGAGCAGCGCCUGCGCACUGCGGUGUCCGUCGGGGCGGGAGGGAACGGCGCAUGCGCAGAUUGUUCCCAGGCUGUCUGACAGUAGCGGCGGCGAGAGGCAGCGCGCCGAGCUGUUCCCGCCUCCGUCCGGUUACCGGUCCCGUAGGUCACAGCCUGUUGGCGCCCCUCUGGGGCGGAGCAGCCGGUCUCCGGCCGCCUAUCGGAUCCUGACCGCUGUUCCUGCCGACCACCGCCGCCGCCAGUCGGCCGGUAGCGGGUCACCGAUCGACCGCUGACGGCCGGCGGCCGGACACGGAAUGGCCACGUCGGUGCGGUUCACGGUGACACCGACCCGCGCCGAGGACGUACCGGGGCUGGGGGGAGGCCCCGAUGUCGCCGGCGGCGGGGGCGAUGCGCCCGACCGGCUGCAGGACGGCGAGACGGCGGCAUCGCAGGGAGUUGGCGACCCGGGACGAUCAGCGAGCGGUGCGGUGGAAACGGGGGAAGACAGAAGUCAAAGCUCGGUUACAGGUGAACACAUCAAGCUCCUAGGGGACCACCCGGAUAAGGACCUCACCAUUUUCCUCAACAAGGACUACACGGGGAAUGUGUAUGGAGAUAGGAACCUGGCUCUGUUUGAGGAAGAGCUGGACACCCGACCCAAGGUGUCGUCCUUGCUGAACCGGAUGGCGAACUACACCAACCUGCCACAAGGGGCCAGGGAGCACGAGGAGGCUGAGAGUGUGGGUGACGGACGCAAUAGUACGGUGAAGGGCCCAAAGAUGGGAACAUUAGUUGGUGUCUUCCUUCCCUGCCUGCAGAAUAUCCUUGGGAUCAUCCUGUUCCUCCGGCUCACCUGGGUGGUGGGUACCGCCGGGGUCCUACAGGCCCUCUGCAUCGUCCUGCUCUGCUGCUGCUGUACCAUGUUGACAGCGAUUUCGAUGAGUGCUAUUGCCACCAAUGGUGUUGUCCCAGCGGGGGGAUCUUACUUUAUGAUCUCCCGGUCACUGGGCCCGGAGUUCGGGGGAGCAGUCGGCCUCUGUUUCUACCUGGGGACCACGUUUGCAGGAGCCAUGUACAUUCUGGGAGCCAUCGAGAUCCUGUUGACAUACAUGUCCCCAAAGAUGGCCAUCUUCCAUACGAAUGACGUGAAUGCGGAGACAGCGGCCAUGCUGAACAACAUGCGUGUGUAUGGAACCUGCUUCCUGAUCCUCAUGGCCCUGGUGGUCUUCGUGGGAGUCAACUACGUCAACAAGUUUGCCUCAGUCUUCCUGGGCUGUGUGGUUAUCUCCAUCCUCUCCAUCUAUGUGGGGGCCAUCAAGUCUGCCUUCUUUCCACCCGACUUCCCGGUAUGCAUGCUGGGGAACCGCACGCUCUCAGCCCACUCGUUCACCAGCUGCGCCAAGGAAGUGCCAGGCCACAACCAGACGGGAGGCUCUGAGCUCUGUAAUUACUUCUGCGACUCCAAUGGCUCCUGUGACCCCUACUUCAUGCACAACAACGUCACUCCCAUCCAGGCCAUCCCCGGACUGGCCAGCGGCAUCAUCGUCGAGAACCUGUGGAGCCAGCACGAGGAGAAGGGGCGAAUCGUGGAGAAGGCCUCACUGCCCUCGGUCGACGUCCACGGCUCCACGAGCAACCAUAUGCCCUACAUUUUCACCGACAUCACCACCUCCUUCACCAUCCUGGUCGGCAUCUUCUUCCCCUCUGUCACCGGUAUCAUGGCUGGCUCCAACCGCUCUGGGGACCUGAAAGAUGCCCAGAAGUCGAUCCCCAUGGGGACCAUCCUGGCCAUUCUCACCACCUCCCUCGUCUACAUCACCACCAUCAUCCUGUUUGGUGCCUGUAUGGACGGAGUCGUUCUCCGGGACAAGUUCGGAGGGGCGGUGAACGGGACGCUGGUGGUGGGAGCCCUGUCCUGGCCGACCCACUGGGUGAUUGUUGUUGGUUCUUUCUUCUCCACGUGUGGGGCCGGGCUGCAGAGCCUGACUGGAGCCCCCCGACUGCUGCAGGCCAUCGCCAGGGACAACAUCGUCCCCUUCCUGCAGAUAUUCGGCAGGGAGAAGGGGAACGGAGAGCCCACUUGGGCCCUGUUGCUGACGGCGGCCAUUGCUGAGCUGGGAAUCCUCAUCGCCUCACUGGACAUGGUGGCCCCCAUCCUCUCCAUGUUCUUCCUGAUGUGCUACCUGUUUGUGAACCUGGCCUGUGCCCUGCAGACCCUCCUCCGCACCCCCAACUGGAGGCCUCGCUUCCGAUACUACCACUGGAGCCUCUCGUUCCUGGGGAUGAGCCUGUGCCUGGCCCUGAUGUUCAUCUCCUCCUGGUACUACGCCAUAGCGGCGAUGCUCAUCGCCAGCAUGAUCUACAAGUACAUUGAGUUCCAGGGGGCGGAGAAGGAAUGGGGAGACGGGAUCCGCGGUCUCUCCCUCAGUGCGGCCAGGUACGCACUGCUCCGUCUGGAAGAGGGACCGCCCCACACCAAGAAUUGGAGACCCCAGCUGCUGGUCCUGCUGAAGCUGGACGAGGACCUGCACGUCAAGUACCCGGGCCUCCUCACCUUUGCGUCGCAGCUGAAGGCGGGCAAGGGUCUCACCAUCGUGGGCUCCGUGCUGACCGGCAACUUCCUGCAGAGCUACGGGGAGGCGGCUGCCGCAGAGCAGACCAUCAAGUCCCUGAUGAGCAGGGAGCGGGUGAAGGGUUUCUGUCAGGUGGUUGUGGCAGCCAAGGUGCGCGAGGGCAUCUCCCACCUGAUCCAGUCCUGUGGGCUGGGUGGGAUGAAGCACAACACUGUGGUGCUGGGCUGGCCCAACUGUUGGAGGCAAAGUGAAGACCCCCGCGCCUGGAAAACCUUCAUCGGUACGGUGCGAGUGACCACAGCCGCACAGCUGGCCCUGCUGGUGCCCAAGAACAUCAGCUUCUUCCCUGGCAACGGGGAGCCUUUCACCGAGGGCACUGUCGACGUCUGGUGGAUUGUGCACGAUGGGGGGCUGCUCAUGUUACUGCCCUUCCUGCUACGCCAGCACAAGGUAUGGCGGAAGUGCAGUAUCCGCAUCUUCACGGUGGCCCAAAUGGAGGACAACAGCAUCCAGAUGAAGGCAGACUUGGCCACCUUCCUGUACCACCUGCGCAUCGAGGCCCAGGUCGAGGUGGUGGAGAUGCACGAUAGCGAUAUUUCAGCCUACACCUACGAGAGGACGCUGAUGAUGGAGCAGCGAUCCCAGAUGUUGCGCCAGAUGAGGCUGUCGAAAACUGAAAGAGACCGAGAGGGAAUCACCAGCUCCUUCAGCAGUCUGCCUGUCCCACAAGCGCAGCUGGUAAAGGAUCGGAACUCGACGCUGCGGCUGGCCAGCCUGGGCUCCGACGAGGAGGACGAGGCUGACGGAAUUCCCGACCGGAUCCAGAUGACCUGGACCCGGGACCGGUACCAGGAACCGCAGUGGAGCCGAUGCCAGACCCCCGAUGGCUUCCGGGACCUGAUGGACAUCCGCCCUGACCACUCCAAUGUCCGGCGGAUGCACACGGCGGUCCGGUUGAACGAGGUCAUCGUCAACAAAUCCCACGACGCACGGCUGGUUCUGCUCAACAUGCCAGGCCCCCCAAGGAACAGCGACGGUGAUGAGAACUACAUGGAGUUCCUGGAGGUGCUGACCGAGGGACUGGAGCGCGUGCUGCUGGUCCGAGGAGGGGGCUGCGAGGUUAUCACCAUCUACUCCUAGCCCCACCCCACCCUCGGCACACAGCAAGAUCCCAGCACCGGCUGGACCGGGCCAUGGAAGGGGCUGUGGUGGUGGUGGCGGGGGAGACACUUACUGGGUAGGGAGAUGGGGAAGAGUGAGGGAGGGGGAAGAUUGGG